AUCAAGCCGGUCUUUUUCGAAACGAAAAUCCAUCGAAAUCCGUUAGUCGGAUAAUCGGUUCAUAAAUUUUACCAUUUUAUAUUUCGUUUUAUGAAAGUGCACCAAUAUAAAACAUAAAAUGUUAUGUCUUUCUCUUUAUAACCGAUUAUUUAAGUCGUUUUACAAAGACACAUUUUUUUUUCGUCUUCUGUAAGUUUUGUUGAACGGAUUGUAGCGGCGAUAUUCAGUGUGAUAAUUGCGAUUUACGAUCCCGUUCGCUUGAGGGUAUCGACCAAGUAUUAACUUUUAUGGUGGAGUGGAUAAAUUAAAAUAUUAAUAGACGAAGUCAAAGAGUGAUGCAUAAGCCCUGUACACAUCAUCGCCAUUUUCUCGCACUCGUAACCGGUGUUGUUAAAUGGACACUGCUGAAAUGCCCGCCAAAAUGCCUAAAUUGGGUAUACCUUCCGGAACGCUACUAAGUCUCGAUGAUAUGGUGCUGCUUGAAAUUCUGAAUCAUCUCAUUGUCAUCGAUUUGGUCAAUUUGGGUAAAACGUGUCGACGACUGGCCUACCUCACUCAACGUCAAUUCGAGAAACAUUAUUCGAUUGUCACGUGGAAAAAGAACUUCAAAUCGAUCAAGCUUGGUGAAUCGAGCACCAUUUUGAGAAAUAUUGGAAAACACAUACGGAAAAUUCGGUUGGCAGUGUGGUCGGACUUGGAACUUCACAAAAUAUUAGUGACACUCGGAAAUGAGUGCAGUCACUUGCGUUCGUUAACUUUAGAUUCCGUAAAAAUGGGCAUCACAGAUCCCCAUCCAGCGUUGAUCUCAAUGUUUAGGAAAUUGAAACAAUUCGUGUUGAAUGAAUGCAGCUGGACAGUGCAAUGUCCGAUGCAAAUAUUUUUUGGCGAAAAUUCGACGUUAGAAGAACUCUCUUUAAACGAUUGUUGUAGAUAUAAUCCGAAUUCAUGUAAAUUGCAGCUAAAAGAAUUUCGAGCUUUGAAGGUGCUACGAUUGGAAAAUUGCGAAAGUUUGUUAACAUCUGCAGAGUUGAAAAGAUGCUUCGAAAGUAACGCUAUCAGCGUUCUGUCGUUGACCCAUUUCGGUUCCAACGUUAAUCUAUUCGAAUUUGAGCUGAUAAACUCACUGUGUAAUUCGCUAGAAAGUUUAACACUUGCUUACCACAGUAAUUUAAGGUCUUAUCAACUUUCAAGACUUAGGAAAUUAAAGAAAUUUCGAAUUUUGUGCAGUGAGACUUACAAUGUCGACGACGCGAUCAAAAAGCUUCAUGUCGGCAUCGAAGAGCUAGAGUUAGUUAAUGUUUACAUUACAAGUGAAAUGAUGGAAUAUUUUAAGUCUUUUAAGCAGUUGAGACAUUUAAGUUUUGAAAGAUGCACGAAUUCCAUCAAAUCUGAUUUUUUCAUAAUUCUUCCGACAACAUUACCGAAUCUUCAACAUUUAGUUUACAAUUACAGUGUCGUCAAAGACCGCGAUAUUAUUCAUAUGUUUAGGUCGCUGCCACAUUUGAAGUACUUGAAUUUGCUCGGCUGUAAUAUGUUGGCAGACGACACUUACUUCGAAAUUGUGGACAUUUUAAUGAAAGAUUUGCAAAGAUCCAAACUGAAAUUUAUACCACCGCAGUUGGAGUCAUUUCAGUGUUUGAAGAAUGUAGACAAUCUUAAGGAAGUGUUGUGCUAACAUUAUGCCAAUGUACUAUACUACAAAUCAAUGUCUUAAAUCAAUGUCCCAAAGUUUACAGCCUUGGUGAUCGGUGGGCAAAGUGAUUCUAUGUAUGACUUUAUGUUUAAGACAUGGUCACGCAACACGAUUUGAAGUUCAUUUAAUAAAUUACUCUUAAAGCUAGCACUAUUGCAUCGCCACCAUGCCAGUUGUUUUUAUAUUAAUCGUAUACAAUUCGAUUAGGAACCUUCAAAUUUAGGUAAACUGCUCACUUUUCCCAGAGAACUGGUCAAUCUACAAACACAUCUAUUUCUCAUUCACAGGCUGUGAAUCACAGCUAAUACAUUUCAAAAUGGAUUUUUGUAAAAAGUAUAAUCAAAAUACGAUAAAAAUACGCCCAAAAGUAGACCAUAAUUUGAUUGUUAUAAUACUCUCCAUUGUUCUUAAGAGGCAUCGAUGCUUUGCUGAAAAGCAUACAUUUGGGCGUCCACGGACGACCACGAAUAUGCUUUCAACAGAAAAUAGAUCUGGUUAUAGCAGUUUGAACAGCUCUGAGAAAACUGGGCAGUUUAAGAAAAGUUAGUUUAAGAGCAUACAAGGGUUUAGCUUCGGACAAAAACCGAAUACAACAAUUAGAAAAUCGAACAUCGAAGACACCCAUCAUAGAAAUAUAGUGAAAAAAAAAAUGGCCGCCGUGAUAGAGACAAAAUUGUUUUUGGUUAAAUUCUUAAAAAUAAAAACUUAUUUCAAGAAAUUGAAAACAUAAUUUCGUGGAAAAAUUUUGAACCGCCGCCUAUUGUUCGUUCUCUUUUUUAAACAGGAUUUUAAAUUUAGUACUCAAAUGGCAGCUUCUUUUUGACAUAAAAUUUUGGGUUAAAUAAAACAACGAAAAUAAUCUGAGGUUACGUUUGAAAGUACCGUAACUUGAAGAUGAUCUAUAGCAACUUUUGUGAUUAUUCUCGAUGUA